AUUUUUGUAUAAAUGAGAGUGUAGACAUAUGGAAAGUGACAAAAUAGUGACUACACAGGUGACACCUACUUCACAUAUGAAUCAUCAGGUAUCAUCUGGUAGAUUCAAUAUGCAUUAUUAUUUUGCGUAUAGUUGCUGUCGAAUCAAUCAUGGCUGACCGACUCACACAGUUGCAAGAUGCAGUGCACCAGAUGGGAGAACAUUUCUGUAACAGUAUAGGCAUCCUCCAGCAGUGUGCACCGGCUAGUAACUUCCCUGACUUUGACAAAUCUGCAGCUCCAGUUGACAAGGACCAAGUUGCCACUCAAGAAGAAUAUACACAGCUUUUUGCCCAGCUAAUAGCAAGAACUGCCAAGGACAUAGAUGUGUUAAUCGACUCACUACCGAAUGAAGAGUCUACUGCAGAGUUACAGGCACAGAGCCUACAAAGACUUGAACAGGAUAACCAAGAUGCGGCACGUAAACUUGAAGAUGUGGUGAGGAGAGGAGAGGUCCUGUUGGAACAGAUACAGAAGGCUCUGAGUGAGAUCGCAGAGACACAACUCAAGACACAGAGUUCACAGAAAAUACCAAAAACUGUAGACAAGAAAGAGCCAAAGCAAACCUAGGGUCCAAUGUGUACUAUACUAUACUAUACUAGCCUGGAAGUGAAUCAAGGGUUUGAUUUUCUCUGUCAGAAUGACUAUUGCAACACCAUUACAGAGCACCCUGCAACUUAAAAUGAUAAUCUUUUUACUGAUUCCAGACUAUUCUGAAGUGAUCAAACAACAGAUGUCCAGGCUAUAAUUGUACAUAAUCUGUUUCUCCUUUAUGGAAGGAGUAACACAAUGAUUUAAGAGAGAAUUGUGCAGCUAAAAUAAGCUGUCUGUACUGCAUUCUCCUGGCAAGACGAUCUGCUGUUGUCCAAUCUCUACUAACGUGUAUAUGUAUGGAAUCUUGCUAUUUCUUGUAACAAAAUCUGUUGUCAGUGAAAUGGUAUUUCAUGAAGUUCAGAACUAUACCAGUUGGAUGUAAUGUGUAACAUAUUUUUGUAUGCAAGGUCAGUGCAUAUUUAACUUACAGGUAUUAUGAAACCUCUAAUGUAUGUCUACCACAGGAACUGACAAUGCCACAAAGUAACUUUGUUACUGCAUAUGACUGUAUUGCAUUACAUUUUUGUAUAAGAACUUUACAUCCUUUACUCCUAUGUGCCUCUUUUUGAUGAGUGUUGGGUUCUUAUAUGUGCAGAGGUUUGACAAAUGAUACACAUGAAAGUCCUUUU